AUGGCUUCUGUGGUUAUUGGCCGCCCCAGGGAGGAUGCGCACAAUUCAGGUGCGUCGAAUGCUAGGGUGCCCGCGGAGGAGUGGCAUCAGCUGCCAGCCUGGUUGAGAGGCCACAGACCGCCAACUCGCAACAGCACGCGCCCGGAUUGGGCAACUGGGAGAGUUCCGACUUUCUUUGAAAAGCCCGGCGCGUGCUUGGACAAGAUCCUCCUCUUUGUCGGGGCAGUGCUGAGUUCACUCCUUUUCGCCGUGCACAACAUGCUGUCAAGCCCGUGGGAUUUGAUCUACGUGGCAGCGGGAUGCCUGCUUCUACCAGUCAUCCUUUUUCUCAUCAUUCAGAGGAAAGCCGAGACCCAUCCUCGGCCCCGAAAGGACGAGGACACUUACAAGGUGUACAGGAAAUGGGCUCGUACGACUUACGGCGAGGGCGACUCCACACUCCUGGAUCUCCUUCGCUUCCGCAUCGAGGGUGCUCGGUCGGGGGGGAAGGCUCGGUUGGAGUGUCUUGGGCCGGCGGGCAGCUGCCGCGUCGCGGCUGACAAGGGCGGCGACAGCUGCGUGUGCUGCCUCUCCGAUUUUGAGGCAGGCGAUGCACUUGCAGUCCUUCCCUGCGGGCACAUGUUUUGCGAGGCCGAGACGGGGUCCCCAUAA